AUGAUCGCUGAAGCGGCCUGGUGGAAUUUUUGCCCUGAGAACGAGCGCUGGAUGUACUGCAAGACGGGGUGCGAGCGGAAAUGUGGAGAUGAUUUGAGUGAAAAAUGCAUCCAUUCCAUUGAUUGCCUCGAGAAAAACCUCUGCGAGUGUCAACUCGGCUUUGUGCGAUUGGAGAAUCGAUGUGUGCGCCCGGAUGAAUGCCCCGAA